GGCGGGCGGGACGUGAUGGUGUCGUGGCGAGUGUGCGGGUGGUGUAGUGGGGGACGCGGGCGCCGUCAGCACUACCGCUACGAGGUGGUGUACCGCCGUGACGACAGUCUCUACUCCGGCCCCGACUACCUCGAGUCUCUCCCCGGGGGCCGCGCCACCCCGCACCACCCACACCACGCCCACUACCAUCUCCACCACCCACACCCCCAGCACCUCCACCACCGCCCCCCUCCGCCGCCACUUCACCCCCCCAUAGAUAGCCUCACUCGCCAGAACCGAGUCAACCACAUACUGACUGCCCUGCACCACGCCCACCCGCCGCGCCACCCAUCUUACGCCUACCGAAGUCACUGGGCGUCAUCUGGACAUCUGGGUGCUCCGCCUCCCAGGACAGCGGGUCUCCCACAGUGGCGAUCCGCCCCCCUGCUGCCCCCGAACUACCGUGACCCCAGUGUAUCGUCGAGAGACCUGAGCAGGGACACGUCCCGAGACAUCAGUCUGGCGUCCAGCAGCGCUCACAGCACCAAGCCCCUCCUGCCUCACCUCCCGGGCCACCGUCCCCCUCCCCUCAUAACCUCAGCCUCCACUCCCUCGCCCUCCAAGCCUUCCCACUCCCCGAGGACUCCUCUUUCUCCAGGCCCGCCAGGCUACCCCGAGGCCUUCACCUUCUCUCCGCUACACAACUUGUCAGUGGGGUCCCUGACACGAGACCUGCGGCAGUACCUGAACACCCGGUUCCAGAAGGGCAGCGUGGAUCAUGAGCUGCAGAACACCAUCCGCGACAACGUGUACCUGCGGACUGUUCCUGUAACGACCAGGACGCCACGCCAAGGGGAAGUCAACGGGGUAGACUACACCUUUCUCUCUAAGGACGAGUUCAAUGCUCUACAGAGAUCUGGCAACCUCUUAGAGUCUGGUGUCUUCGAGGGUCAUGAAUAUGGAACUCCAGUACCAUCCCCCAUCUCAUCAGCAUUGCCACAGCGGCAGACACUGGAGCGUAUAACAAGGCGUAGACUGCAGCACCGUAUAAUGACUACUGCCUCCAAUGCCUUCUCCAGCAUGGCCUCCGAGGUUCACACCAGUUCUCCCGUAGUGUCUCGACGUUUACCUCCCCUUCAUGGUCCCUGGGUUGGUGUCCGCCACGGGAGGUCUUGGCUGCCCAGUGAUGAUGCCCCGCCGAGUGAACCACAAAGUGAACCGGGUUUAGAACCCGACGCCGCUAUAGAUAUUGUUGAUGACUAUAGCAACCUCUCACGGUCUUUUUCUUUACCAAUGAAACAACCACGGUCAGGAAAACACAGCUCGGACAAGAUGAAGACGCUUCCAAGCCGAUUAUUAAAAGGAGUUCAACGCCCUUCACUUCGGGAACUCAAUCGAACCUUUAGUGCAAAUGAAAUCAAAGAGUAUUUUAUACGACACGGAAGCCAGCGUCAUCGUUUAGCCGUGGACGAGAUGCACGGGCAGGCUCACGUCUCCAGUUUACAAGAAAAGUCCAGAAAGGGGAUCCACCCAGCAGGUAGAUCUGCUCAGAGAGCAUCUAGUCGUAGUAAAAAUUCUCCCACCAAAAACAAGGGUUUAAUCUCUUUUGCUGUAGAUGCUAAAUAUAAAGCUUCACCUGCGAGCUGUCUUGUAGCACAGACCCUCCUGACUCAACCCCGUACUAAACCACCUAGAAGGAGUUUUUCCGACGUUGCAAUGGCCGAUGAAGAAUCUGACCUGGAAUCAUUCUUUGCAGACAGUAGUGACGAUGAGACACUGGUGGGUAGUGAUAACCAGUCAUUAUUUACUGACAAUGAAUCAGAAGAUGAUGAAGGAGAGGUUUUUUCGAAUGAGGAAAUUGUAGCAGAUGACAAGACAAUGAUCCCAAGUAUUUAUAGAGGCAAUCCUACAGGCAUAUCUCAGAGUAAUCCACUUUAUAGGAACUCUGUAUCGUCAUUAGAGAGUCUUGGUAUUUGUGGCAGUAAUAAGUUUGACCCGGUUGAUAAUCUGUCGUUGUUUUCUAAUGAGGAAUCCGUAGACCCAGAUACUGAAUCAGUGUCACAAGUAACUAUAGAUCCACCUCCUCUACCAUUGAGUGAUCGAUGGUCGUAUUUAAACCAAGUAAAUGAAGACGUAACUAAGAGUAAUUCUCCAAGUAUCUCACAGAGAAGUCCUCUAGAUAGCCUUACUCCAUCACCAGUAGAGAACCUCAGAUCUUUUGACAGUAAUAACUUUGAUGCCAUUGACAACCUCUCCUUGUUCUCAAAUGAGGAAUCUGUAGAUCCUGAUGUGAAUGUCAUACCCCACCAGUCCCCAAGCAGUACAGUGCAUGCAGUAUCAACAGAUCCAUCUUUCAAAGUAUUUAGUGAUAGUACUCCUGUUGUAGAUAACACUGGCAUAGUUGGAGACUUACAGAAGUGCAGUCCACUUGGAACUUCAGGAUCAGAAUCAAUUAAUGUGGAGAAUAUGAAAAUUUUUCACACUGAAAGUAAUUCAAGUAGCCCCUGUGAGGACUGUGAUUCUGUUAUUUAUCCUACACCACGAGGCACGCGGGCUUCAUCUGACGGGGCCCUCAGUGAUGUGUCGUCUCAUACAGAUAGUGAUAUAUGCAGUGUUCACUUGGACGACAUGGCUUAUGACUCUGGCUUUGAAAAACAGCUCGACGGCAGUGAAAGUGGUUCAUCAUCAGACGUCGGUGAUGUUUAUCAGGUAAAUCCCAUGCAUCACAAUGAGGCUGAGAGUCAUCAUUCAAGUUAUGCUUUCACACUCGACAAGUUUUCAGUAGUGAAACUUACAUCAAAGGAGAAACCAAAAGUCCCUCCACGUAGUUCAUCACUAAAUAGAUUUUUAAUGCACAAUAAAAAAGACACAAGACAUAAAACAGACACUUUACCUGUGCCAGUUUUGAGGGUUGUCAGCCCAGGUAAGGAGAGUGAAACAAAUCCUAAUGGUACAAUAUGUGAAUUUUAUACAGCCAAAAGGUUAAAGAAAGCAGCACACGGUAUAUGGACUGGUUCUGAACUUGAUGCUACUUGUCCAGCCAUAAAGAGACACGAUGCAUCAGCUGUUACAAGUUUCCCCGUUGAUGAAGUUGAAAACACAACCGAGGAUGCAGUGAGACUCGGUACAUCACCCAUUACAGUUUUAACUUAUAAGAAUGAGAACUUGAAGCAAGAUACAAGCAAGCAGGAUGAACCAAUUGUAACAGUUCUGAAUGACACUAAUGAAAACUAUACACAAGAUAAAAGAAAACAAGAAACGUUACUUGUUACAGUUUUGAAUGAUACACGAGGAACACACAGUGAAGACACAAGCCAAGAGGAUACAGUGCAUGUUACAGGUUUAUGUAAUACUGAAGAAAUAUACCAGGAAAUUAAUAAUCAAGAGAAUUUAUUUCAACGCUCAGUUUUCUUCAGUAAAAUCCAAAUACCAGUACCAAAGAAAAACAUAAUUAAACAUGACACUGUGGUCGACGAGGGUGUAAGUGACGUCACGCAGCCCACCAAAGAAGUGAUGGGUUGUGUGGAGGAACCUGUAGACGGAGCGCUGGAAGAGAUUCUCCCAGGAUUAGAUAACGAUAAGACCGAUAUUUAUGUGUUAGAGGACCUAAUGGUGAAGUGUGGGAACAAACAGAAUAAAUCCAUGUGUGUGAAUUUGAAUGAAAAAUACCAAGAGUUAGCAGAAGAUUCAAGCAUUCAGACGACUUCACUUGAUACAGUUGCAAGCAUUGAGACCAGCUGUAGCACUUCAUUAGAUACAGAUGCAAGCAUUCAGCUUACUUCUCCAGAUACAGAUGCAAGCAUUCAGCUUACUUCUACAGAUACAGAUGCAAGCAUUCAGACUACCUGUCCUUCAUUAGAUACAGAUGCAAGCACCGAGACUACCUCACUAAACACAGACGUAAAUGAGAUGGAGGAAAAAUUUAAGAAAGAAUCAAAUAAAGAUCUUACAUCAUUUAGAACACAUACAAGUGGUCCUCGUGUAAACAGUCGUCUUGACAUCGACAGCCAUGACGAGAGGAACUUGAAGGGCGCUCACAAUGACAACAUUUUGGAGGACACCGUCAUAAGAAGUGCAGUUAAUAAAAUGAGGAAUAGAUUUGAAGAAUUAAUACGAGAUUCCAGCAAGAAAGAAGAGUUGGCGAAUAGAAAAGUUUUACGCAGAGCAGCAAAGAGUGAUGAUUGGUAUCGCAAGGACAGAAAUACAGACUCUUUGAAAAACUCGGAAGAGGAAAUUGUCGCUAGAAGAGGCUCCAACACCUCACAUGGACGCACUUCACCCAAACAUAUAGAAGAUAGUAACAAACCGGACAAAUUAAAAUCAACACAGACAGGAGGAACUUUAAGGAUCUCACAGCCAACUAUUGCUGACAGAAAUAUAUCACUUCCCAGUACUCAAAGAGGUUUUAAUGAGAAUGUAAAAGAUUUAACUACAGAAAAAAGUGAAUCAGAGACUAAUGUACAAUAUAACACACAGCAUGAUCAAAUUCCUAGUCACCAAAUGGUCUCAGAAAAUAGGAUUAGUUUACAGGAGGCACCCGAGAUCUCACCAGUGGAUCAUAGCAGUACGUCACAGUCUUCAGUCAAGGAGUCUCACGCACCACUGCCUGCCAAGCUCAAUACACCGUCGUCCAGUAAUAGAUCUUUCGGUACGAGAGAGAGUCCCGAUGGCUCGGAAUUAACAAAUGAUUCAUGCAGUUUAAUAGAAGAUAAUUGUACGUACAUUUCCGAUGAAGAAGAUAAACAGAUAAAUGACAUUGACAUCGAUAUCGAUGUUGAGAAUAUUUCUGAAAGCUCCUCGGAAACAUAUGUCGAGAUUGACGUUGAAAAUAUUAGUGGAAACUCAUCAGAAACAUCUACUUUGUCUCGAACUGGUGGCUCGGUAUUAGUCUAUGAUAUUGACUGUCACCUCAUUAAUUCAUCGCAAAUGAAUUCAGAGGCAAGUGAACCCAGUUUGACCAGUGAGACAAAGCAAACAUCAUUGACAGUAAAAGAUGACGAGGGAGAAGCAACAGCAGGAGAGGACCCACACUCAACACCACAUCCUCCCCCAGAGAGAACUCUAUUUAUAAGCAGAAAUUCUCCAAUGCGAUUCAGCUUGGUUAAAGAUCCCCACGAGAGACAACAGCGCCUUUCUUACAAGACCGUGCCCGUGAAGGUCCCUCGGAGAUCUAAACUAAAAGACGGGUGUAAAUUCGAUGAGAAAAUAUUUACCAAUUCCAUUGGACGACUACGUAAACCAGUGGUCGAUCACAGUGACAGUCCGGACAAUGAAAUGACCUAUAUUGAAGGGUUACUAAAUACAGAAUCUCAGAACUCAUUAAAAAGACAAAAUGUUUCCCUCCUCUCAAACUUAGGAAGAGAUGAACCAGAUACCUCCUCACUGUCUGGUGACUUGGGGCCUCCAUCAGUGUCUGUUAUUGUGGAUGGAUCAGGCAACCACUACGGAACUCCCAAGCCGCCAUCAUUACCGCCUGACCACUUGGCUCGGGGGUCGGCAGGCGCUGCUGUCUUACCAGGCGCUCAUCCCAGCUCGGAGGGCAAACGGCGACGCAACCGCUCCAAUGUAGAAGCAAUGGCCGCCAAUACCACCAGCACAGAGCCUCCCCCAGAAUCUCCCAGCCACCCUUAUUCUUCUGGGACUCAUUACGGCCCACCCGGCAUGUCCCAGAGUAUGGUGGCAGAGGAGGGUGGCAUCCAGCUCCAGCCCCCAGACUCUCCCUCGUCCGGAGAGUUGGGGCCGCUGCCGUUCAACUGGGAGAAAGCAUAUACGGAAAAUGGCGAGCCGUAUUAUAUUGAUCACAUGAACGGUACGUCAUCGUGGCUUGACCCGAGGUUAGCCCGAGUCCAAAAACGAAACGCGGAGGAAUGUGGCGAAGAUGAGUUACCAUUUGGCUGGGAGCGAAUCGACGACCCACAGUACGGGACGUAUUACAUCGACCACGUCAACAGGAAGACCCAGUACGAGAAUCCAGUCAUCAUGGCCAAAAAACAGCCCAUUACCCCCGUUCAAGGUGGAGGGAAUAGCCCGGCAGACGGUGGGAACAACACGUUUCCCCGGCAGAAGAAGUCGGCUCCGGAUGUUAGUGGUGGAGGAGUAACCCCAAACACUAACGAUGGUUCACAGCCCACCUCCAAUAGUGGACAUAAGCGCGCAAACAGUGAGUGCGAUCUAAAGUCCUCCCACACAGGGCUCAUGCUGUACCUGCCCUGUUUACCGUGCUUGGCAUCAGAAGGCAAAGACUCUAAGCUGCAGGUACAAGCACAGCAAGCGAAUAUUCGGGUCCACAACCGUAUGGACAAGAAUUCCCUCCCUCGUCCUCGCUCCCUCUCUCCCAACCACAAACACCCUGACGUCUCGCCCAAACACUCUAACCUCGCCAACAGACAAAACAUUACUAUUUCUAACCCCAUGGAUCCUGUACACCUGGCCAGUGGCACUCCUUUCAAGGCAAACAAUCUUUCACCGGAUUCUCAGGUCGUGAAGCCAAACAAUUUAGCUCUUUCCUCGAAGAAUUAUUACCCACAUGACCAAACUACUCCUGCCAGUAAACAAAAUAAUGUUAGUAGAGGCCAGACACUUAUAUUAAGUCACGGUUUCAAGAGUCAAGAGGUUAAGAACCCAACAUUUAAUCAAACUAUUGUACCAAAUUUUGCCAAACCACACUUUCCAAACUACCAAAAUGACGCCCCCAAUUCUCUCCACCCUCGAAUACCUCAAGCCUCAUCCUCUCCAAAGGGUCCACCUCCAUCAUUUGGGAGGUCAUACAGUAGUCCUAGGUGUAGUGUUAACAACAUAUCCAGUCCAUGGCACUAUAACUUAGGACAGUCUUAUUUACCAAACCAUCCGUGGAAUUAUUCCUCCCCCUCUCCGGUAACUCCCGGUAACCCCCGGUUUCCCUCUCCCCGUCCAUACCAACUUUCUCGCUUUUUCUCAACCCCACUGCCCAGUAGUCAGGAUUUAUCAUAUCCAACUAUUCAUCACCAAAGAUCAUUCUCCAGCUAUUACUCCUAUACUGCUUUCACCCCCUCUGCGUCCCCUCUCUACCGUCCAUCCGAGGACCCUGUAGUAUCGGCAGUCAGCUUAAGACGGAAAGAUCGCUCUGGCCAAAGUGUUUUAUUUACACGCAAUCCAGCAGAGCUCCAGGGCGAGUUUAUACGCACCAGCCUUGUCAAGUCUUCCCGGGGGUUGGGUUUUACUAUUGUAGGCGGAGAUGACAACGAGGAGGAGUUUCUCCAGAUCAAGAGUGUCGUCCCUAAUGGCCCGGCGUGGCAGGAUGGAAAACUUCGAACUGGGGAUGUGCUGGUGUACGUAGGGGACACCUGUGUGUUGGGCUACACCCACGCUGAUGUAGUGAACAUGUUCCAAAACAUAGACCCAGGGAGAACAGUGUACCUGGAGGUGUGCAGAGGCUACCCUUUACCUUUUGAUCCCAACGACCCCAACACAGAAAUAGUGACGACUGUAGCCGUUACGUCAGCCGAUGCACGAUCUUCUAAGUCAGUGUUUGGUGAAGGAUACGAGCGAUCGAGAAAUAAUUCGAGUGAAAGUAUGAACACGGCAAAAUCCAUGCCAGACUUAAGUAAUCCAGAACGUGUGCAACAGGUGCCGAGGCCUGGUAGUGCUGACCUCCUUAGUUCAGAAAAUUUUGACCAUACACCUGAUAUUUUAGAUUUUUACCCAUCAGCACUAAGCAAACCUGAAUAUUUGACUAUACCAAUAGUGAAGGGUACUAAUGGGUUUGGCUUUACAAUAGCUGAUAGUGCAUAUGGACAAAAAGUAAAAAAGAUUCUAGAUCGUGGACGGUGCAAAAACUUGAUCGAGGGAGACAUCCUAGUGGACAUAAAUAAUAUCAAUGUGAAGGGAAUGUCUCACACAGAAGUAGUGCAGGUGCUGAAGGAUUGUGCCCAGGGUCAGGAGGCAGUCAUUAUGGUGCAGCGCGGGGGACUUGGUUCCCCGUCCAAGUCGCGAGGACUCCGUAAGGAACAAACUAGCCCUAAGAAGCCCGGGGUCGCAGCCGGUCUGUUUAGAAGUAAAACUCCCACGGCAGACAUGUACAGUUCACAGCCAAAGGAGGUCGUUCCAAACAGACCCAAGACGCCUCUUGUAGAUACUCGUAAUAGACCUAAGACUCCAAACGUCAUGGGUGGAGGUGACAUCAGCGGGUCAGGAGACGGUAACAGACAGGUGGAAGGUAACACUGACUACCGGCCCCCUUACACACCUACCUCUGUACAUGCGCCUUUUCCCGGUGCAUUUUCAUAUACUGGGGGUCAAGUGGAUUCCCAGUAUGAUGCAAAGGUCAACAAUAUGUCUGCUCAGAUGAGUCAAGUUAGCUUAGAACAAAAUAAUUACGAAAAUUAUAUCGGCGAAGGCCAGGGUUACCGCGGCGAUGGCCAAGUUCCUCAGCAGAACAGCUACAACUAUCACCAAGAGCUGUACACCCAGGACGGCUACUACCAACAGCACGGCGACGAGAGCGAUAUAAAAAGGAGCCAAGCAAAGACGCCCACCAAGGAAUACAUUAACCAGGGAUAUACUCAGUAUCCCUAUUAUAACGACAACAACAUCAGCAGCGCAAACCAUAUAAACAACAAUCACCACAACACGAGCAUGGAGCAGAACUCUGGCUACGGCUACAUGCAGUAUCCCAAAGAUGGCUAUGACCUCCCUCGGCAAGACUCUGGUUAUAGCUCACAGGCCCAGAUUCCUCCCGCCAGGAAUCCCUAUCCUCCUUACUACGGCCAGAAUAACUCUGCUGGAUAUAAUAAUCAGGCAGACAGUUUAGGGAGAAGGAAAGAGUCGACCAGCUUCGAGUAUGAGCACCCUGCACCCGUUAGCAUGCCCAGAUUCCCUGAUGGUCGAUAUAGUGUCAACCCACGAGUACCUCCGAUGGGCCCCAACGGCAGUCUUGGCUACAUGGAGUUCACAGUGACACUCAAGAGACAGGAGACGGGCUUUGGCUUCAGAAUCGUGGGCGGGACUGAGGAAGGUUCUCAGGUAUCCAUAGGUCACAUUGUACCAGGUGGAGCGGCAGACCAGGAUGGCAGCGUUAACACAGGCGAUGAAAUUAUCGGCGUUGAUGGAGAGAUGGUGUUAGGGUCCAGCCACCACCACGUCGUACAGCUCAUGGCCGGAGCAGCGACUCACGGCAGAGUAACUCUCACCUUGCGGCGGCGAUCACUGAACCCCUCUGAGCUUCAUAACAGAUCAUUGGAGAUUCAGUUUCCGUAUGAUGUCACGGUGACCAGAAGAGAAAAUGAAGGCUUUGGGUUUGUCAUUAUAUCUUCGGUCACAAAGUCUGGCUCUACCAUAGGUCGGAUAAUUGAAGGCAGUCCAGCCGAGCGAUGUAGUCGGUUAAACGUCGGUGAUCGUAUCUUGUCAGUGAAUGGUGUGGACAUCAAGACCCUCCACCAUGGGCACAUAGUCAACCUCAUCAAGGAGUCGGGUUACUCAGUCACUCUUACCAUUGGCCCACCCAGAGAUGAUGCAUCGAGCACCACAUCUAACUCUCAGCGGAGCUCUCAGGGGUCCAUGAUACUGGCUCAGGCCACGCCAGUCUCGGCUCCACAAGCCUCUGGCACUGCGGCCCACACCUCUGUCCAGGCUGAGAGUGAUGCUGGUGAUGAUGGUGAGUACUACGGGGUGGAGCUCCAGCGUGGCACCCGAGGCUUUGGCUUCAGUAUAAGAGGAGGCCGGGAGUUCCACAACAUGCCUCUCUUCGUCCUCAGGAUUGCCGAGAACGGACCAGCGGCAGAGGAUGGAAAGCUAAAGGUUGGCGAUCAACUAAUGGAGAUCAACGGAAGGUCAACCAAAGAUAUGACUCAUGCAGAUGCCAUAGAACUAAUUAAACAAUGUGGGAACAGCGUCUCUCUUCUGGUAAAACGAGGUGGGAAGCUGCCACAGCACCUAGAUACAAUGAAUCCAAACAGUCUAGGAUCACCUGUAGGCCCACCACCUCCAGGAACCAAUGUAAGAUCUACAGCCACACUACCACCUCCUUCACCUGGCUCCAUGGGCCCAUCCUACCCUCCUCCUCCUGGACUUCCAGGCCCACCAGGUCCUCCAUACUACUCCCAUGGAGGUUACAAUGCUUUACCCACUUCUACCAGUGGCUACCCUCCCGCAUACCCUCAUAAUGGAGCGGUCCGAGGGCCCCAACCUCUCCAUUCUUCUCCAGCAACCCAAUACCCACUUCCACAUACUCCAAAUGGUCCACUUAGCCAGUCUUCUCCCAGAGUAAUGGCUGGUGAAAGUUAUUAUUGGAACCGUGUUCCUGACCAUCGACCAGCGUGAAAUUGACAGAAUUAAAGGGAUUGGAUCCAAAGUGUACAUUACUUAUCUGAAACUAAAUGUGAUCCAUAAAGUGAUAGUCACAAAACUGUCUUUAUGUUUGUUGUAAGAUUAAAUGCAUAUGCUGUGAAUUGUCCAGAAAGAUAAAUCAUUACAUUACUGGACUCUGCUCAGUGCCUCCAGUGUUCAUAUGGGACCAUAUUGUUUUCAUAGCCUCAUCUCUAAUAAUUCUGAAGUUUAAUCAGACAAAAAGAAAGAAAUGACAGCUAUUUUAUCGUGAUCUCUUCAUAUUUGUCUCGUUCUGACUUUAUUUGCCUAAUGGAAGUUUUCUUAAAGAAAACUUUUAAAUUAGGUAGUCAUUUUUAAAAAGUCUUGACGUUUACAUUAUUUUGCUUUUGUAUUUCAGUCAAAACUGGUCUUUUAAUUAGCUACAGGAUCAUUACCAAAGUGACCUUAUAUACUGGAGUAGGACCCAUGCUCAAUGCAUUUGUUUUGUCAAUAUUUAUAAAUUUAAAAUCAUUUUUGUGUAGGUUUCACAAGGCAGCAAGUGUCCUGUUAAAAAAUGGCCCUUUGCCAUGAUUUUUAUAUGCAUGUGUACAUAUUAUGUAGUUGAAAUAGCUUAGACGGACAUACAAUGAAGCAGCCUGUGAAGGGUUGCACUCUUAAAUGUCAAAAGUGUAAAUGGCAGUUCUUGAUACCAACAUGUGACAUGUAAACUGUAAGUAAACUGUAAACUUAUUUUAUUAUUAUCAUAGAUUGUCAAACACUGCCUUGAUCAAAAACCCUUAAUGCCUUAUAAUGGACUGUAAGUAUGUGGACAGUUAUAAGAAUAUUGUAUGUAUUCUAAAAGUUUAUAUUAUUUUGAUUAUCAAGAGUGUCUCAUAUUUCUAUGUGACAAUCUUGUGUAUUAUAUACCUUGUUAAUAAAUAUUCAUGACAGAAA